AAAGGUGUUCUGAUCGCCUGGGGCUGUCUCCACGGAGCUGAGGGGGAUCCGGAGGAUGAGCAUGGAUAGAAACUCAGCGUGGAUGCCCAGGGCCCAGCCAUGGUCCUUGGCCCAGGUCAUCACGGGAGAAGCCAGUGGAGCAGACAGAGUGAUUCCCAGAUCUGGAGCUAAGGGGCUCCCACUGUGGAAGGCCCACAGCCCGGUGCAGCCUGGCCAGACAAGCAGACCCCAGCCGGUGGUGCAGCCCAGCUACAUCCGGUCUCCAGGCUGGCACCAGGAGAAGCCCGGGAAGAGGAGCAGCCUUCUCAGUGAGCUUGGCGCCUUCCAUGUUGUCAUCGCUCUGCUGCACUUUGUCCUUGGUGGGUUCCUGGCCUUUGCCGUCAACAACCUUCACCUGGUGGUGUUGAAGUCUUGUUAUCCAUUCUGGGGGGCUGCCUCUUUCCUCAUCUCAGGGAUCUUGGCAAUAACGAUGGAGGUGUUUCCAAAAACUUCCUUGAAGAUAUCGUGCCUGACCACAAACAUCGUCAGCUUCUUCUGCGUGCUGGCUGGCCUCUUCGUCAUUAUCAAGGAUCUCUUUCUGGAGAGCCCGUUUGUGUCCCCGAUCUGGAGACCGUACCCCAACAGCACGGUUCACGUCCAGAGGCUAGAGCUGGCCCUGCUGUGCUUCACCUUCCUGGAGCUCUUCCUGCCAGGACCCACGGCUGUCAUAGCCUAUAGGGAUGACCACGCAUCUGCCAAGAAGGCUGAUUCAUCCCGUGUUCCUGACACGCCGUUGGAGUUCAAGGGGCAGUCGAUGAAGUUUCCACCACCAUCCUAUGCGGAGGUGACUCGAGGCUACGCUCCAGAGCAAAGGCAUAUUUGGUAUCAGCAAUAAGCAGGAAGUCAAUAUCUUUCCAUUAAAAGAAGCUAACCAUAAAAAUAAGCACAAUGAAAACAAAAAUGAACACAAUGAAAAUAAAAGAGUGGCAGAACUAGGAGCGUCAUUCUGCCGUGUGCCAGAGCCUGACCUCGCCGCCGCUCUGCUCUGCUGCCCCCUGUGCUGGUUCAUCUACAACGGCGCCACCUCCUAAGCCUCCGGGACCGUAGGAGGAAAGGUCUGUGGAUGGCUCUGUUUCACAGGUGAAGAUACUGAGCCAAGAGAUGUCAUGCAACCAGUUAGUGGAGACAGGACCCGAACCUUCAUGUGACUGACUGCAAAGGGCAGCCUCUUCACCCCCCUGAAUCAGAGCUGGAAAGGCCUUCGGCAGGGUGCUGGGGGGGUGGAGUCAACACAGGACAGCAUAGUGGCAUUAGAACCAGCAGGGCAGGGGGUCACGGGGACACAGCGGGUGCUGUAAUUUAGCCCUUGGUGGGUGCGGGGUGAAGAUGACCCCCGACCAAGGGUAAAAAUAAAGUCUAGGAAUGUG